AGUUGUAUUUAUACCCCACGCGGGCUCUUUUUCUUCAUUUCUUUGUCAGACGCAGCUCUGAUGCUUCUAACUGCAGGACUCAAAUCACUGGAAAUCUCUCUCCUCUUCCAUCUUGUCUUCUUGUCUUCAGAAUCUAUGGCUCCUACAUAUUUUCCGCUCCGGUGGGAGAGCACCGGGGACCAGUGGUGGUAUGCUUCCCCAAUUGACUGGGCAGCUGCUAAUGGUCACUAUGACUUGGUUAGGGAGCUUCUUCGGGUGGACAACAAUCACCUCUUCAAGCUAACCUCUCUCAGGCGGAUUCGCCGCCUCGAGACUGUCUGGGACGAUGACGAACUGUUUGAUGAUGUUGCUAAGUGCCGUUGUGAUGUUGCGCGAAAGCUUUAUAAGGAAUUUGAUUUCAAGAAAGGGAUGAACUCCCUUGUUGGAGCUGGAUAUGGUGGAUGGCUGCUCUACACUGCUGCCUCUGCUGGAGACUUGUGUUUCAUUCAAGAGCUUCUUCAAAGGAACCCUUUACUUGUUUUCGGAGAGGGAGAAUUUGGUGUCACUGAUAUACUUUAUGCUGCUGCCAGAAGUAAGAAUUGUGAGGUUUUUCGGAUUAUUUUCGACUUUGCUGUCUCGCCAAGGUUUUCCGCGGCCAAAGGUGGAGGCUGGGAGGAGCAGAUUGAGGAAAUUCCUUCUGUUUACAAAGGGGAAAUGAUGAAUAGGGCUGCUCAUGCAGCAGCUAGAGGAGGAAACUUAAAUGCCUUGAAGUUGCUUCUAAGAGAUUGCAAUGAUGUUUUGGCUUAUAGAGAUAAGCAGGGCUCAACUAUUUUACAUGCCGCCGCUGCCAGAGGACAGGUUGAGGUAGUUAAACAUCUUAUAGAAUCCUUUGACAUGAUCAAUUCUACGGACAAUCAAGGCAACACGGCCUUGCAUAUUGCUGCGUACAGAGGCCAACUGAAAGUGGUUGAAGCUUUGGUUCUUGCAUCUUCCUCAUUGAUCUCUUUAAGGAACAAUUCUGGAGAAACUUUUCUUCAUAUGGCCGUGUCUGGAUUCCAGAAUCCUGCGUUUAGAAGAUUGGACCGACAGAUCGAGCUAAUGAGGCAGUUAUUAGGUGGGAAAGUUUUCAACACACAAGAUAUAAUCAAUGCGAAAAAUAAUGUUGGAAGAACAGCUCUUCACAUGGCUAUCGUUGAGAAUGUCCACUCUGAACUUGUCGAAUUGCUGAUGUCUGCUCAAUCAAUAAACGUGAACAUUGGUGAUGCAGAUGGCAUGACCCCUCUUGAUCUCGUUAGGCAGCAACCGCGUUCUAAAUCAUCAGAUAUACUAAUCAGGCAAUUGAUUUCAGCUGGUGGCAUUUUCGGGUCUCGUGACUAUUAUACAGCAACAAGAGCUAUCGCUUCCCAGUUAAGGAUGCAGGGGAAUGUAGGCAGUCCCGGAACUUUGUUUAGAAUGUCAGAUACCCAAUUGUUCUCUCAUACAGGCAUUGAGAUCACAUCAGAUGUGAUUGCCAGUAAGGAAAGUUUUGGAAAAAGUUCAUCAUCAACAGAAGUGAGUCAAUGCGAUUCCAUUUUUGAGAAUCAAAAGCCAUCAGUUAGCAAGAAAUCAUCAGCUUCUCAGUUUGACUCAACUUAUGAGCACGACAGCUCAUCGUUUGAUAAGAAACCGGCUUCUGGGACUGCAGCCCGACUGAAAAGUGUACUCCAUUGGCCGCGGAUGAAAGAUAAAAGGAAAGCCAAGAAAUCAGUAGAUGAAGGAUCUGCCAAAGUAGAUGAAGGAUCUGUCAAAUCAUCCCAUGCAGGGAGUAGUUCUCAUGAACCUCCAACGCCACUUCGACAAAGAUUCGCGAAGCCUUCAUCACUUCCUAAAAACAAACGGACACUAUCUGUCAGGAGUAAUCAAUCAAGUCCAAUUGCCAAGAAGAAGUUUGCCUCAGAACUAGCACAUGGUGUCUUGCAGGCCAUGCCACAAUUGAGCAUUCCAAGCCAGUCUUGUUCUUCGAGUUUCUCACCAAAAUCAUCAGCUGCUCUCCCCAAUCUGGAUAAACAAAAAGGUGUUUAUAUUGACAAUGAUGCUGCUGAACCCUCUUCCUCAAAUCAACAGUUUGAUGAUCAAACACCACACAAGAUUGACAAACAGGGCUCCGCUAAGAAAAGGCUGAGGAACCAAUAUUUCUGUUUUGGCGGAUCGGCUGGCUUGUCCGUGAAAACCCCGAUUAGCAGCAGGAAUUGACAGAACCUGAAUGAAUUUGGUUGAAUCAGCAUGCUUAAUGGAAUAUGCUUAGCAUAGAAGAAAGAGUAGAAAAGAGUAGAGAGCAUGUUUUCUUGUUUAGCAUGUAGGUUCAUCAUCGACAAUGUAACUUUGAAGCUGUCUGGAUGACAUCUCUUGUUGUAUGGGGAAGUAGCAAAAUAAAUGUGCUUUCAUCUGUCAA